UUUUAGUCUUUAUAGCCCUUAUCAUCCAACAUCUUUUCUUUUUUCUUUGCUUGCCUAAUCUGGAUGGUCCAAAAGAUUAAGCACUCGACUACUAGCCAAAAGAUUGGCAGUUUGAAUCCACCCAGAGGCUCCUCAGAAGAAAGGUCUGGCAAUCUGGUUCUGAAAGGUCACAGCCUUGAAAACCCUAUGCAGUAGUUCUACUCUGCACAUGUGGGGCUGCCCUGAGUUGGAAUUGACUCGACAGCCACUAGCAACAACAAUCUAUCUCCCCAGUAGAGAAUAAGCUUCAUGAGGCAGGAAUCUUACCACUCCUGUUUGUAUCUCCAGUGCCUGGUACAGUGCCUGGCAUAGCAUGUGUGUUGAUAAAAUUCAUUGAAUGAACGAAUGAGGCAAUUCGAUUAUUACAUUAAAUUCUCUCUAUAUCCAUUAAUCAUAUUCCCAUUUUCUCGAUUUUCCAUGUUUGUAUGUAAGCACAAUGAAGAAGAACAACAGGACAUCUACCACAAAAACCAAUGAGCCUGGUGACCUCUACAUCCCACAGUCCCAGGAUCCAGGGGAUCUUCAAAAUAUGUUAGAUGGCGGAGAGUAUCCCCCUUUCGUAUCUCCUCCCAUGUUAGAGAGCAAUUUUAUCCAGGUCAACAGGAGAGGUGAAUCCAUUUACCUUCAUAACCGAGCCAACUGGGUGACCGUAGGCAUCUGUUCUUCCAGUCACACCCAGAAGAUCCCCAACGUGAUGCUGCUGGCACACCUGACACCCACCACCCAGAAAGAUACAGAACACAUGUUUGAAAGCCUCCUGACAUCACCUUCUGCGGAGAAACUGGUGCUUACCAGGUUCCUUCCUCUGCAGUUGGUGACUCUUUCUGUGCACGAUGCUAAGAACAUGCGCCUCAAAGUAAAGCUGGUGAGUGGUCGAGCCUACUACCUACAGCUCUGCGCCCCCGCGUGUAAACAGGAAGCCUUAUUUUCUCAGUGGGUGGAACUCAUUGCCCUCUUGAAUCAGGAGAAAAACAAAAUUUCUAAAGUGUCAGAAGUCUCAAGCCUCUCAGAAAUCACAAAUAGCACAGAAAUCACAGGCUCUGUGGACAUCAUGGAUAUUGCAGCGUUCACAGCUUUGCAGACCCCGUGUGUGCAUCCGUACACAGACCCCGCCCACGCCAUGGACAGUGUGGAUUUCUCAGAGUUCACAGACGUCACCGACGUCACCGACGUCACGGAUGUUCCAGAAAAUGAGAUUACAGAGAUCCCAGAUGUAAGAAUUGUCACAGAAGUCACAGAAGUCGUAGAGAUCUCUGAUGACACAAACAGGCCAGAGGUCACCGUGGUGUUUGAAAACGACGACAUAUUAAGGGCCAAGGAAGAGGAAAAAGCAAAAGAUGAAAACAUUCUGAGGACUGGGUGUCUACGAGAUAUAAAAACUAAGAAUGAGCCCAAAGGACCCUCCAAACACGUCACCAUCUCAAACAUAACGCUGACUUUUGAAGGUGAAAGAUGUUUUCAAACUACCUUGACUCCAGAAAAAAUUGAGGCAAAUAUAUGUGAAGAGAUGGAUGGCAAAACCUCUGAAGAAAAGACCGAUUUCAAAAAUACGGCUGUCAAAGUUGAAAAAUCCAGGUAUGUGAGGCAGGGGAAUGCUAAGGGGUUCUAUGACCUAAAGUAAUGUAAAUAUGUGUGUUCUUUAAAGUCUGUGUAAUGCAGGUGUUUGUCACCUGUUCAGAGAGAGAAGUAGUAUCAUUGAAUGACUAUGUAGUCAACUCCUAAAAAUCCGCGUUAGGUUCAAACUUGCCUAAUUUUUAUUGUCCCGCCAGCUUCUCCACCAUUCAGUUGUCAUUCUGGGCUGCCUGCUUGAUGUCAGUUGUGUGGGCUGCAGAAAACAUAAUAGACUCACAGUGUUCACAUUUUGGAGUUGUUGUUGUUAUUACUGUGUGCCCUCAAGUCGACUCGAACUCAUAGUGACCCUAUAGGACAGAGUAGAACUGCCCCAUAGGGUUUCCU